UCGAGGUCUUAGUAAGAUUUGGCAUGGAAUCGAGGUAGUUAUAUACUGAGCUGCCUGAGGCGCUGGGGUGCAAAUCAGACAAACACGGGCGCGGAACAACCCACAGCUGUCCAGAAGACCGCUUGGCUCCCUGAAGAGUGACAACAAACCACCAAGGGAGGACUCAACAGUACAUCGGCCUCCUUCCCAGACAAAAUGCGCGUCGCGGCUCUAGUGCUAGGCCUUCUGGCCACUGCAGUUUCAUCUGUUUCUGCAACUGCUCUGACCUACAAACUUGAGGCCAACGAGAAGGCGUGCUUCUAUGCCCAGGUCGAGCAGCAGAACGCCAAGGUGGCUUUCUACUUCGCGGUUCAAUCCGGCGGUUCAUUCGAUGUCGACUACUCCGUUACUGGACCCAACGAAAAGGCGAUCUUGGACGGCAUAAAGGAGAGGCAGGGAGAUUUCGUCUUCACCGCUCAGGUCCCCGGAGAAUACCGAUUCUGCUUCAACAAUGAGAUGUCCACGUUUGCGGAGAAGCUGGUCGAUUUCGAGAUUGCGGUUGAGAAUGAGGAACGUGCCCAGCUGCCCUCCAAGCAGGGGGCCAGCCCCGAGCAGGCAUCCGCCCUUGAGGAGUCUAUCUUCAAGCUCUCCGCCCAGCUGUCCACCAUUUCCCGCAACCAGAAGUACUUCCGGACCCGUGAAAACAGAAACUUCAGCACCGUGCGGAGUACGGAACGACGUAUCUUUAACUUCAGUAUCAUUGAAAGUCUCAUGAUGGUCUCAAUGGCGGCGCUGCAGGUCUUUAUUGUGCGGUUCUUCUUCCAGGGAGCGCGGAAAGGCUACGUGUGAUGAUUAUACGUUGUAAUGCUAUUUUGGCCCUUCUCCUGUAUUACUCUAGUCUCUGACCAUUAUCUACGAAAUUUCUCUUCAUAAAAUGAACGCCAAGG